ACUGGGCUGGGCUGGGCGAGGGUCCCAGCACCGUCUCUUCUGCACAGUGAUCCGAAGGCGCGUUCUGGCAUGCUCUGCCCCAUCCCACCCAGCUGGGGACCAGCCGUGGCUCCACCACGUUGCUCACAGGAGUGUCGCAGCUCCCGCUGAGCUACGUGUGCUGCAGAGAGGCACUGCCACCGAGCAUUCCCUGCCCUUUGCCAGCUGUACCACCAGGGCUGACAUCCCUGGCUCCCCUGGUGCUGCUUGCUCCACAGGACUGGGAGCCAGCAGAGCCGGCACAUGAGGUUUUCAAAUCUCCAGCUGUCAAAUUUUGGCUGCCACAGCCGUGUGGCUCAGGUGCAGAAGCAAUCUUCUCGCCGACAAUCCUGGCUGGGGUUGGGCUUCCAGCUCUCCUGGCCUUGGCUCCCAGGGUUUCCUUCCCCUCUCAGCACUGAUACUGGCUCCGUCCUUCUGUCUAGCAGCAAGGCGCUGGGCUGGCGGGGAGGGCUAGCAGCCCCCAGCCAUCUACCUCACUGCCCCACACUGGGGCCCUCCUUGUCCUCACUGCAGUGGCGCAGCCCUCACACUGCGCAGGGGACACAUCACCUGCUUAACCUGAAAGUGGGACAGGGCUGAAGGGAUGCUGGUCCUGGAGCCAUGCAGGAUGCAGAGGGAAGGAUCGAGCAGGAAAGGAGAAUGACAUCGGGGGUCUGUGCCACCAGGGAGGUCUCCAGUGCCAGUGGAGAUACGUUGGAUCUUGCCCCACAUCUUGCUGCUGCUGCAGGGAGCGCCAGGCUUGGCUUGGCUCCUCACGGGCCAUGCUGGCUGGCGUGGCUGUGUUUGUCCUGGCAGGGGAUGUGCUUGGCACCCUGUGCCCUCUCCCACCCUGGCUGUGGGCCCCAGCAGCUCCUCUAUAGGGCAGGCAUCCUGCUGAGCCUUGAGGGGACUCCUGGCAGGGCUUCUCCCAGAAGCACAGCACCUCUAUGGGGCACAGCUCCUCCAGGUGCCAGGAGAGCAUGUACAUGCCAUCCCCACGUGCCUCCCACCCUGGGUAUGCUUUGCAGGGAGCAGAGUCAGGAGUGCUGGGCUGUGUGGUGGUGCUGGAAGCACAGCACUCAGCUCAGUUCUGCCUUUCCGUGAUGGAUCUGGAAGCAUUGGUGGUUGGGCUGUUUUCUUGGCGCUGCUUAAGUGAGAGCGAGGGAGUUCCAGCACCUCCUGUGUCGCACAGCAAGCAUUGCUGCAAGGUCCCGCUGGGACACCGGAACCGCAGGGCCCAUCUGGGUACCACGUGGGAGCCAGCACUGUAACUCCUCCGCUCCUGUCCUCAGCAGAGCUGCACCAGGGCCCAGCAGUGGGACUGGGGAUGGUGCCGCAGAGGACAGGGCAAAGUCUGGGUGCGCUGGGGGUCCUGGCCUCUCAGCAGCACAAGGGGAAAGGGGCUGCUGGGUAGGGCAGUUUACCAUCAGUGUCUCAGUAGCCUCUGGACACAUGUGGGACACCUGCCUCCUGAGCUGGGAUUUGGCACGGAUGAAGAGCCCAGGAUACAACUGGGGAAAGCGUCCCAGGACAUGAGAACAACAAGGACUCCCGGCUGCUCUGGAUGGGAGCCAGCGAUUGCCUCAUCUCCGUGGGGUUCAGCCAGAUGCGUGAGCGGGAGGUGAAGCUCUGGGACACACGGAAGUUCAGUGGUGCGACUUUCACCUUGGCACUGGAUACCUCAUCUGGGGCCGUGAUCCCGCUGUAUGACGCCGACACGGGGCUGCUGGUGCUGGCGGGGAAGGGAGAAAGCCUCCUGUACUGCUUGGAGGCGGCAUCGGCUCAGCCUGCCCUCACCCAAGUCACUCAGUGCCUGAUGGAGGGACACACACGGGGCCUGGCCACCAUUCCCCGCCUGGCCCUGGAUGUCAUGGCGUGCGAGGUGCUCCGCGUCCUGCAGCUCACCGACACCUUCCUUGUCCCUGUCAGCUACAUUGUGCCUCGCAAGUCCAACCAGGAAUUCCACGAGGAUCUGUUCCCUGACUGUGCUGGGAUGCUGCCGGCCACAGAUGCUCAGUCCUGGUGGGCAGGGGACAGUCAGCAGGUGAGCAGGGUGAGCCUGCACCCAGCACGGAGACCCACGCAGACCUUCUGUUCCCCGCUCAUCGCCGCUGUGCACAGCACCCAGCUGCCCAGUGACGGCCCUGUGGAUACUGAGCGCAGUGAGGGCAGUGGCUACUCUUCGCCCUCCGGCUCGCUGACCUCACCGAGCAGCGCCGGCGCCUCACUCUCCACCAGCACCGCCCCCUCCAGCGGCUUCAUCAGCAGCCCCAGCCAGAAGUCACUGCAGAGUAUUUUGGGGCCCAGCUCCCGCUUCCGGCACACACAGGGCACAGUGCUGCACCGUGACACCCACAUCACCAACCUGCGGGGGCUGAGCCUCACCACACCGGGCGAGAGCGACGGCUUCUGCGCCAACCACCAGCGAGUUGCCCUCCCACUGCUCUCUGCUGGUGGCCAGAUCGCUGUCCUUGAGCUCUCCAAACCAGGCCGUCUCCCCGACAUGGCUGUGCCCACCAUCCAGAAUGGUGCAGCAGUGUCUGACCUCUCCUGGGACCCCUUUGACCCACGGCGCCUUGCAGUCGCGGGGGAGGAUGCCAAGAUCCGGCUGUGGCGGGUGCCUGAGGGCGGGCUGCAGGACACACUGCAGGAGCCUGAGGCCGUGCUGAGAGGGCACACGGAGAAGAUCUACUCCAUCCGCUUCCACCCCGUGGCAGCCGACCUCCUCGUCUCCUCUUCCUACGACAUGACGGUGCGGAUCUGGGAGCUGGGUGCUGGGCAGGAGGUGCUGUGCCUGCAGGGACACACGGACCAGAUCUUCAGCCUGGCCUGGAGCCCCGAUGGGAGGAAGCUGGCGACAGUGAGCAAGGAUGGCCGGUUGCGGCUCUAUGAGCCUCGGUGCAGCCCCCAGCCCCAGCAGGAGGGUCCCGGCCCUGAGGGAGGCCGUGGGGCACGUGUGGUCUGGGUGUGCGGAGGCGAUUUCCUCCUCGUGUCCGGCUUUGACAGCCGCAGCGAGAGGAAGAUCCUUCUGUACCGUGCACAGGCCCUGCCUGAUGGGCCCCUCUCCGUUCUCGGCCUCGACAUGGCCCCGUCCACACUCCUGCCCUUCUACGAUGAGGACACCAGUGUUGUCUUCCUCACCGGCAAGGGUGACACCAGAGUCUUUCUCUACGAGGUGACUCCCGAGCCACCCUAUUUCCUCGAGUGCAACAGCUUCACCUCCACCGACCCCCACAAGGGCUUCGUCUUCCUGCGCAAGACAGCGUGCGACGUGCGGGAGGUGGAGUUCGCCCGGGCGCUGCGGCUGGGGCAGGGCAGCCUCGAGCCGGUGGCUUUCCGCGUGCCUCGCGUCAAGAAAGAGUAUUUCCAAGAGGACAUCUUCCCUCCGACCCGCGUGUGGUGGGAGCCGGCCCUGAGCGCCGGCGCCUGGCUGGGGGGAGCGGAGGGACAGCAGGGCCGCGCUGAACUCCGUCCUGCCGGCAUGGAGCCAGUCAGCCAGGCCCCGAGGGAGGCACCGGCACGGAAGUUUGUCCCUGCGGCCGCGUAUCUGGGGGAGAAGACGGACGAGCAGAAGAAGGAGGAGCUCCUCAGCGCCAUGGUGGCCCGGCUGGGGAACCGCCGCGACCCGCUGCCGCAGGACUCCUUCGAAGGCGUGGAUGAGGCCGAGUGGGACUAGGCCGCAGGCGGACCUCACGGCACCGCGCGGACGCCGGGCCUCGCCGGAGAGGAGCCAUCUCAAGGGCACCGGCCCCGCCAUUAAAGCUGCUGCACCCCG